CCACGGGAUGGACUGCCUCGCGCGUUUGACAUCUGAGAGUCAUGCCGCUUCCUAUUUGUUUCGUAAUUGUUCGUGAGUGAAUUCAUCCAUCAACAAUUAUGGAUCGUCCGUGAACCAAUCAAAUCCAAAACAAUCGAUCCAUCCACAAAAUCAAUAGUGUCACACACUAUUACAUUAAAURGUGCUAUUGUUUUCGGCCACUUGCGAGAGCCGGUCGCGCUCAGGUCGCGGAAGAAAACGAAUGAUGGGGUGCGUUCGCCGCAAUGCCAUGCAAUGCUGUCCGGGACAUACGAGUACCGUACGGGACCCUGCCGUGCCAUGCCGUGCCAUCCGGUACGAAUUCRCUCGAUUCCGGCCCGGGGGGUGUCCCGGACGCAUCCGAUGGAAAUAGCCCCGCGACCGUGGAUCGGAGGCACUUUCGGUUCGAAUCCCCCAACGUACACGCAUGCUCGUGCCCGUACCGUACCAUCGACAAGAAACUGCAACACCCCGGGGUCCCGUCUUGUACGAUACUCGUGCGGGACGAAGGCGCAGCCCGAACCAUCUUUCUGUUGGGGUUGCGGUUGGGGAACGACCGCGAGCAAGGCGCAAAGCCCUUGCACACGGGAUCCGUCCCUGCCGAACGCCGGCAGGAUGCGAUGCGAUGCGCCGGGAGCAAGGCAGAGCAGUGCAGAGCAAAGGAACAACAAAUGCCGGGUACGAGUAAUGUACGGUACCGUAUGAUGCGGUAGGAAGCACGAGUAUGUUUGCRCACUACGAGUAUCGGUCCAAAGCACUACGAGUACGAGUACGAGUACGUACCGUACCGACUUUUCCCCUAGAGCAACGGAACAACCGGCAAGGACCAAAACAGGACGUGGGACGGCACAAAGUCGACGCAACAGGUAUUAUUAGUUGCUGCCACUACGGGUAAAGUACUCGUACGACUUUUCCCUUUUUCUCGUCUCCUUUCUUCCGAUCCAAAGAAACUACGAGUGCACUGCGGUAACAUCGAUCCACUACSAAWUYGAUCCACYACUUGCACCGAUCAGCAGCAUCAACAGCCGAAACCAACAAGGCAAGCCAGCAAGAGACAAGACGUGAGUGACAAGCCCACCCACCGCAUCGAAUCGAAUCGAAUCGAAUCGAAUCGAAUUGCAUCAAAAGGAGACCAGAACGACGUUGUGGAACAAAGACAAACAAAAUCACAAACACACCUACAAUCACAAACACAUCCACAAACACAAGCCCACACCCAAAGACACACAAACCCAAACGCCAAUACAAUACAAUACAAUACAAAACAAAACAAAACAAGAUGCCCUCCACACCGCCCAAGCAAAAGAGAAAGGUGGUCCUCUCGUGGGGAUGCGGAACCGACGACGUCUCGGUGAACUCCUCGUGCGCCUCGUGGCACCCCGACUUUCCGGAGAUCGAGCACGAACACGAAGACCAACCCUCCGAAACCUUUGGCGCAGAGGCGUACAAGGCCACGGAGGUGUCCCGGUCGGAGGAGGAGGCGGUGAGCAGCACCGAGGGCUGCUCGGUAAUCAGCCAGGAGGGCAUCGAGGUCGAGGCCCUGGAGUUUGCCGAGGGGGGAGCCGUCUUGUACAAGACGCACAAGCACAAGCACAAGCACCAUUCGCAGGGCAAGGCCUUUCGCCACGGAGAGACCUACUGGACCGUGGGCUGCGGGGAGAAGACCUACGACCUGCCCCGGAGGCUGGUCCUGCUGAUCCUGGCCUUUUUGCUCACCAUGGCCGCGAGCGCGACGGCGGGCUUUUGGGUCCUGGCCACCAAGGAGAAGGACACCGGGGGCCUGGCCUCUUCCUCGGCCGAGGCGGCCCGGGCGGAGGGACAGGCUGCUUCCGAGGCCGUCGGCGGUUCUUCACAAAAUGCCGCCAGCGACUUUGAGUUUACCUUUGUCGAAGACRAAGACCUCGACCUCGAAGACCCRUYGGAAGACCCGYUGGAAGAARCCUGGAGCGGGGCCGAGACAGAGACCACGGACCCYCCGCGGGAGCCGGMRGMRGCGACCGAGGCCCCGGUGGCGGCUCCCACGGCGGUUCCCACCGCCCGCACCACCACCACCGCUCCGGUGGAGGCGGUUCCCGAAGAGCCCGAAGGCCUCCCCUGGGACGACAACGACGAGGAGCCCGAAGGCCUCCCCUGGACCGACGAGGCAUCCCUCUCGGUCGUCUCGGAGUGCUCCGGGGACGCCUCGGCCACAAAGGCCUCCUUUCGGUUCGACGACCCCAGGGACGGAGACUGGUACUGGAUGCGGUCCGCCGAUGGAAACGCAGAUGCCGAUGGAAAUGCCGAUGCCGACGCAGAUGCAAAUGCCUACGACUCGUGGGACUACGCGGAAACCACGGAGGGAGACCUGGUCUUUGCCUCUCUGGAGGAAGGGGACUACGUCAUUUCGCUCGUGAGGGACAGCCUCGCGCCCUACGACGUGAUCCUCUCGAGGGACUUUACGGUUCCGGUCUGCGGAUAGAACCAGAAGGGAGGAUUCGAAUGCUACGCAACGCAACGCAAUGCAAUUCAAGGGAAUCGAAUCGAAUCGAAUCGAAUCGAAUCGAAUGCCUUUGUUCUGCGCUUUGCAUCGAAUUUGCCCACCGGUGAAAGGGCAAAGAAGUCCCAACAGGCGUUUUGGCGUGGUGCCGGUACCAGGAAAUCAAAUCGAAUCGAAUCG